AUGUUUCAUGCCCUCCAGCGCAUCAAUCUCAGCGCUCUCGUGGUCUUGUUGGUUCUGGUCCUUGCGACUCGUUCUGUUAACCCUUUCAAGGGCAAAAAUAAGGCAGUAUCUGGGGGCGAUGCAGCCGGUGAGCUCAUGUCGAGGGAGCUGGAAUUCAUUCUCUCCACAGAAUUCCCUGUCAUCGAUUCAGAGCAGUGCGAAAAAAGAUGCCGGGAUAUAAUGGAAAAAUACAAAGAGGCUCGCUCGGAGAUCAAAGCUGGUCCCUAUGCUCAUGAUCGAUGCAAUCUUGGUUGGAUGUACUUCGGCUGGCGAUUCUCCUUAGGCAAUUUGCCAUUCGACGUCAGACUGUUCAGCGAUCAGACGAAGGCGUUAGUUGGCGAGCUUCAACAAAUGAACGGAGAAGCAGGCAUCAGACCAAGCGAACCAAGUUCAGUGCAUGGCAAGGGAAAAGAACCGAUGCAUUCCGAGCUCGUUCCCAGAUUCGAAAACAACACGCUGUCGGUCUACAUCGAUAGACUCUGGGAUCAAAUCGAUAGGGCUGUUGAUUGGGUUCGUUUCAAAACUCCAGUUCCAGAACCUGGAAACUUUCCAGCAAUUAAGCCUGCAAUUGGCCAUUGUUCAGCUUUACUUUUUGCCUCGACAGCUUCGUGCUCUACGGCCUCAUCAAGUCAAGCGAACUUACUCCCUCUCAAAUACCUUUUGACAGCAAUCACGGCUCAGUUUUGGCGUGCAAGUGAUAUUGGCAAAGCAAGAAGGGAGGAAGCUCACCAAGCUGCAGAGGCUGAACGUCGCAAAAGAGCAGAAGAGAAGAAGGAUGGCAAACGAGCAGGAGCAAAGAAGGGUAGCAAACCAGCAAAAGAAGACCCGAGGAUGUGUACAUGCGACAUUGGCAUUGUUGUUGAGGAUGCUUUUGUGAAUGAAGAGGACUGCGACCCACUGAUGUUUGCCGAGAGAUUCACCAGCGGCAUCCCGCAAUAUGCUUUGAUGUGGCUGAAGCGCCUGAACGGCGGUCCAGGUGAUCGAGGGAUAGUUGCGCAUGCACCGAAAAAAUAUGACAUCAAAAAUCAUCCCAGCCCAGACACGGUGAUCAGGAAGCAAAGGCCGUCAAGAGCUUCGAUGGUAAUCAAAAAUGAUGGUCCCUUCGCACUUUUCAUGGCCCAGUCAUUUGGCGGACUCUGGGAGAAGCCUUUUCCAAUAUCGGACCCGCCACUCCUAGAUAAGACGCGGAGAAGAUACCGCUCCAGGACCUACACAAUUAUUUGGACUCGAGAGCCUUUCUCUGCAACAAUAUUGGACAACGCUGUACACCUGCUUGGUUCUUAUGCAGCAUUGGGUCUUCAGGAAAGUGGACCAUUCAGGGAUGCUAGACGCUGA